AUGUUCCGUAUGAAAUCCUUUGUCAGAGGAGCAGCCAGAGCUUUUGGAGAUUACCUGUCUCACACACACCCUGAGAACCGUGCCGGCUCAGAUCACCUGCUGUCUGAUACCUUUAUCGGCCAAGACACAGACUCCCCUGACCUCAGUCGUUUCCACAACAACCUACACCCUCAGAAUCAGCCCCAGGCCCACAGUCUCCAGUCACAGCCCAGCACCCUGCAUUCCCAGCCCAGCAGUCUCCAGCCCCAGCCCAGCACCCUGCAGCCAGAUAGUUUGCAGCCCACAGGACCGUCCAAGCGCAGGCUCUCAGCAGGGCUCUCAGCGGAGCGCAGCUUCUCCUUUGAGGAGCAGCAGCCGCCUCCCAGGUCCACUGAGGGAAGUCUGACGGGCCUGAAGCCAGCUGCCCAGCGGGUCUACACCAUCACCAGGGAGGGAGGCAUGCUAGGGGGCCGAGGCAGUGAGGAGAGCCUGGAGCUGGAGGUGCUGAAGCAGCCCCUGUCCCCUCCUCCCUCCUCCAACCAGCCCUCGUACUCAAAUCCACAACCACCAGGCAGCAAAUACCAACGCGGCGGCGGUGGUGGCAACCAUCACCAUGGCAACCAUAACCAUGGCCCACAGAACCACAGGUCCCAGUCCCAGCCCCUGCAGAGCUCGGGGAGCGCCCAUAACAUCCGGGACUGGGGGGUGCGGAGGGGGGGCUCGCGGGAGGACUGCACCCCAGAGUCUGUGACCUGCAUCAGGGCCCCAUGUCAGAGCCAGCGCUCCCUGGAUCUGGAGACGUCCCCGCAAGACGGAGGCAAACAAAGGAAGAAGCUGGAGAGGAUGUACAGCGAGGACCGAGACAGAGACAGAGACAGACAAGGCUCUGCUGAGGAGAGAGAGGACAACCCUAAUAGCUGGUUCCCCAAAGAGAAUAUGUUCAGCUUCCAGACGGCAACCACAACAAUGCAGGCUAUAUCGAACUUCCGGAAGCACCUGAGAAUGGUGGGCAGCCGCAGAAUGAAGGCUCAGACAUAUGCCGACCGCCGAGCUAAGAGUUUCAACCGCUCCUGGAGUGACCCAACCCCUAUGAAGCCAGACUCUCUCCAUGGCUCCAGAGACAAUGGGGACCUGCAGUCCUCGUCAGGGGCUCUAGAUGAAGGGUCACAGGAGGAUGCAGACUGGGAGGAGGAGAGAGAGCUGGAGAGAGCAGCCUGCGAGGGAGAGGACUUCAUCCCACCCAAAAUCAUACUGAUAUCCUCUAAAGUCCCGAAGGCUGAAUAUGUCCCUAACAUCAUCCGUCGGGACGACCCCUCGGUCAUCCCCAUCCUUUAUGAUCAUGAACAUGCCACAUUCGAUGACAUCAUUGAGGAGAUAGAGAAGAAGCUGACGGCCUACAGGAAAGGCUGUAAGAUCUGGAACAUGCUCAUCUUCUGUCAGGGAGGUCCGGGGCAUCUGUACCUGCUCAAGAACAAAGUGGCCACGUUUGCCAAGGUGGAGAAGGAGGAGGACAUGAUCCAGUUUUGGAAGAAGUUGAGUCGGUUUAUGAGCAAACUAAACCCUGAGGCCAACCUCAUUCACAUAAUGGGCUGCUAUGUUCUGGGGAGCGCCAAUGGAGAAAAACUAAUCCAGAAUCUGAAGCAGCUAAUGAGACCUCAUGCCAUCGAAUUCAAGUCCCCACUAGAGCUGUCUGCGCAGGGCAAGGAGAUGAUCGAGAUGUACUUUGACUUCCGUCUCUUCCGCCUGUGGAAAACCCGCCAGCACUCCAAGCUGCUUGACUAUGACAACCUUUUGUGA